AUGUCGCAAUCAUCUCGCCUACAAGAGAAAGUUGCCAUCGUCACCGGGUCCUCAUCCGGCAUGGGACGAGCCAUCGCCAUUCGCUAUGCCCAAGAAGGGGCAAAAGUGAUAUGUGCCGAUCUAACACCAACUGCGCGAUCCCAAGAGGAGGCGGAGAUCACGACGCACGAUCUGAUCAUCAGAGACGGCGGGCAGGCGAGCUUUGUGCAGACAGAUGUUGGGGAUGCAGUGCAGAUGGAGAACUUGAUUCAAUCUGCGGUGAGGCAACAUGGACGACUGGACAUUCUGGUCAACAAUGCUGGUAUCAGCCUGGAGUCGCGGACGCCUGCCUUACUGCAUCUGACUGAUGAGACCAUCUGGGAAACGACGAUGCGGAUAAACGCCAAGUCUGUGUUCCUGGGUUGCAAGUAUGCUCUGGCUCAAAUGCUGGCGCAAGAACCUCAUCCCUCCGGAGAUCGGGGCUGGAUCAUCAAUAUCUCUUCUAUUAUGAGUAUGGUCGGUGGACCGGAGCUUCCAUCGUAUUGUGCGUCAAAGGGGGCUGUCAGCAGUCUCACAAGGCAGAUUGCUCUAGAUUAUGGCCCUCAUAAUAUCCAUAUCAAUGCCAUCUGUCCUGGCUAUACUCAAACGGCUAUGUUCAAAGAGACAGUCGCCAACUCGGUUCCUUUGGAGGACCUUCGAAGGCGCCAUCCGCUGAAAGGGCCCGGACUGCCGGAGGAUAUUGCUUGUUUAGCUGUUAUGUUCGCAAGUGAUGAUGCCAACUGGCUGACUGGUGUUUGUCUUCCUGUUGACGGUGGAUAUACUGUUCGUUAA